AUGAGUAACAUUGAAACAGAAAUAAAGCAGUUGCGUGAUAAAAAUGCCUCCAAGAAAUAUUUCAUUCCUGAGGCUGCAUUUCUACAGCUCAUGACAGAUGAGCAAGUCAAGACAGCAGUCUUCAAGUCGGACAUAGAUGUUUAUCGACGGGAUGAGAUUGCUAACCAAGUAUGCCGCCGAGGGAGAAAGAUCCUCGGCAUACUCAUACUCAUCAACGGCGUAUCUCUUCUCCAACACUUCAUUGAGGCAGAUCAGCUUGAAGAUGCCAGACUUCCUUUCACAGAAGAAACUUUGACCGAGAUUAUACGCCUUUCUAGCGAACAGGCGACAGACUUUGAUAAAGAACAAUGGAUGUUCACAGCACCAACCUUUGAGCGGGGCACUAUCAAUCGACGAUUGGUCAAGGGCUCGAUCCUGCCAUACAAAACGGAAAAGCGUAUAGGGAAGGGAGGGUUCGGCAUUGUGUACGAGGUGGUUCUACACCCACUUCACCAAACUCUUGGAAAUGUUUUUCCUGAACGUUUUGUCAGGAAGGAAUUCUUAAAAGACCAAUCUCAUCAAAGUGAGCUGGAAAACCUUGCAGUUCUCAACACUUUAAAGCAUCCAAACAUUGUUGAACUCUUGAGCUCUUAUACCUACGAUGAUGACCGGUGCAACCUUCUGUUUCCAUUAGCAACACAUGGAAGCCUCAAGGAUUUUAUGUCCCAAGAUAGACAACUUACUGAUUUUCUUUCAGACGACUCUAUCCUAGUCGCUCUCACAGGGCUAUCAUCGGCUGUAAGAAAUUUACAUGACGUUUUCGAAAAUAAGCUGGAUCUCACUUUGAUCGGUUUCCAUCAUGACUUGCAACCAAGGAACAUUCUUGUCACUGAGAAAACAUUCAUCCUAGCAGAUUUUGGCCUAUCAAAGCUAAAGCCAUGUGAUGAAGACUCGGAAACUCCCUUCAGAAACCGGAUGGACGACUAUGUAGCACCGGAAUGCGAGGAUUGGGAAAAUAACUACGAGCCAGGCCCAGUGCGUAGAUCGAGCGAUAUCUGGUCUUUUGGGUGUAUCCUGGCGGAGAUGGUGACCUAUGUAUCUAAAGGAUGCAGCGGUGUGAAGGAUUUCAGAAACGCAAGGAAAUUUAAGCGGCCUGGCAACACUCACUUUUCUUUCCACCAUGGCCCCCAAGAGUCAAGCAACAACGUUGCAAAGUGGUUAUCGGACCUCGAGCCAAGUUCUACACCCAGCUUUGUACUAAUUAUUAAGCUGGUGAGAAGAAUUCUGUCCCUCAACCCCUUGGAGCGACCGAAAGCUGUGGAAGUCGAGCGGUUCCUUCGCUUCGUUGCUAUUCACCGAUCGGUCACUAGGAUCGAGGGUCAAUUCCAGCAACUUCGAGAAAAGUACCCCCAAAAAUUGGAUCCAGUUUUGGAGAUGAUCCGGUUUCAGUCGUGGAGUUAUGCUGCAGGAGUUUUAAAUGAGAAAAAGGAAGUUGAUGUCGAAGCCAAGCUAAAUCACAACAUUUUGGACCAGUUCGACAAGAUUGACGAUAUCCUUUCUGGCCUCGAGCGUGACAUUGAGUCAAGAUUAACUCGAGAAGCGACUGGAAUCUAUUUGGAUAAUUCCCAGCUUUCGAAGAUUGUCGAUCAGCUGCACCUCUCUCUGGAUGAAAGGCAGAGUGAGCUGUCGCGAGACUAUUUCAAAGUCUCUAUUUUCAAGAAUCAUGACAACAUAUUUGAGGCCAUUCUGAAUGGAAGCAACGAAAUUCCUCCCAGCCAUGAGAUUCGGAUGAGGAUCAAUAUCCAAAACAUGGCGCGGCUCUUGGAUCAAGACUCAGAAUCUCUGUCUGGUGCAUUUCUCAUCGACUCUGGUCAAGUCGGCGAGCUAAGGGCUUUUGGAGAUCAUCACCACCACGGCACCCGACGGAAUGAUCACGCAUCGCAACAAGUUUGGGUAGAAUGGCGCAACUACGCCCAUAAUACAGACAAAGAGACGAUGGAUAGACUCUUUGAACGCACCGCUAAACUGACCGAGUUGCUCUCUCGGGAGAAGCCCAAGGCCUUGCGAAUAUUGAAUUGCACGGGUUUCAUUCACAGGCUUGAUAAGCAGGCCCUGGGUCUCAUUUUUGAUUUCCCAACGACACCAAGGCCGGGCCUUCCUUUUGUACCUGUUAAUUUGAGCGACGUUAUAGGAGAUGAUCGGCCGUUACCAGACCUUCCAGAUCUUGAUAACCGUUUUGAGCUGGCUAGUACAUCGGCUGCUGCACUGUUUGAAUUUCACUCACUCGGCUGGCUGCACAAGAGUCUUACUUCAGCCAACAUAAUCUUCUUCAAGAAAGAGGAAGACCCAAUUACUAAGAUUGAACUUUCCCCUUGGCUCGUUGGCUUCAAUCACAGCAAACCUGAUGAUCCGUUAGGUUUCACAUCUGGGUUAUCAGAGAAAGAUUCGAAACUGUAUCAUCAUCCUAUUUACCUUGAUAGCACAUAUGGGUACCGACGAGAAUUCGACUAUUAUAGCCUCGGGAUAAUCUUAUUGGAAAUUGGGUACUGGGAGAAAUUCAGCAAGAUGACCAAGAAAUGGACUGGCAGUUACGAGGAGAGGCGUCAGAGGCUGCUUAAAGGUCGCAUACCCAAUCUCAGAAAGACGAUGGGGAGAGAGUACGCUGAGGCUGUGCGAUUUUGCAUUGAGGCUGCCACUAACAAUUCCUCAUUGGAAAGAGAUCCCAAUGAGGCGCUGUUGGAGUUUUUAGAGGGCGUGGUCGUACCGCUCGGUAGAUUCACCCGUUGA